AUGAUACCAAGCGUCCUACUUCUAGCCAUUUUACCAUGGUAUGUUCUUGGCGUUGUUGUCCCCUGGCUUGAUAAUGAUCCGUUUGUCGAAGCAAACCUACAUGCUACCAAAUUAGGGUUUGGCCUUCCACCUGUUUUAUCCCCGGGUGAAAUCACAGAUGAGACUCGCACUUUACCACAUGAAGGACAUAUUCCACACUAUGUGAUAGAUAAUUGCCCGUUGGUUCACUUGUACAGUGAAGAGACAUACUGGCCAGCAGACGUGUCCGAGUUUAUCCGGCAUUUCAACAUUCAAACGGGGAACAAGUCAAUAGUCAAAGACGCUCCACUGGAGCUUCAAGAUCUGUCCGCAGGUUUUUCCCCCACUGUGCAAGACCCUGACUACUUUGUCCCUAGUGAGAAUACUUUCUUGACGGCACUGGACGAUUUUGGCAAGGAUCCAAAAUGGCUCCUGGGCCAUAGACCAGACUACAGCACUGGACGCAUCAAAAAUGCGCCGGCUAUCCUGAUUGUUGUAGACAAGGGAAAUGGGUGGGUCGAUGCCUACUGGUUCUACUUCUACUCCUUCAACUUAGGUGCAUUCAUUAUGGGAUACGGGCCUUGGGGGAACCAUGUGGGCGACUGGGAACACUCGCUGGUACGUUUCUAUCAGGGCAAGCCGCAAUACCUCUGGAUGAGUGCUCAUGGUGGCGGUCAAGCGUAUAUCUUUGAUGCGGUGGAGAAAAAGACCCGUGUGCAAUAUGCAGGGGCAAAAGAGAGCUCUCGCAUCCUGGAAAGGCCACUGAUAUUCAGCGCUCGGGGAACGCAUGCAAACUACGCCUCUGUGGGACAGCAUGCCCACGAUGUUCCUUUCUUUUUUAGCGCGCUUAGCGACUUCACGGACCGCGGGCCUCUUUGGGAUCCUUCUCUGAACUACUUGGGGUACACCUACAACGGCUCGGUCGUUACCCCUGCUUCCGGACCAGAAGAAAAGCUGGGUGUAGACUGGCUCUAUUUUCUGGGUCGUUGGGGCGACAAGCAGCUGAACUGGAAGGAUCCACGCCAAAAAUGGUGUCCAGUGCAGUGGCGGUUCAUCGACGGCCCCAGAGGUCCCUUGGCGAAACACUUGGAGCGAACCGGUCUUUGUCAACGUCACAAAUGGUGGAACUUUUGGGGUGGAUGCCCGGCCAGAAGAAGCAUAAAGCGUGGGCAGGGUCUGGAUGCUGAGCACAACGAUCUGGUUGGCGACAACUGUGGAAUCCUUCUUUAUCGUAUUCGUCCCAAAUGGCUACGCUCUUUAGCAAGACUAGUAAUGUGGCGUGGAAUAGCUUGUUUUACAAUGGAUUAUUUUACGGGCUAA